AUGGUCGGAGGCGCCCACAGGGGACCCGACACCAGCGGCCGAACAAGAUUGACGGAAGGCACCGGCUCGGCCUUUCAGGGGUCUCCGGUGGACCAUCGAGGGACCGUCUUUCUCUGGGCUGGAACGGCGGGCAGAGCCACUUGUCCGGAGGAAAUCUUGCUGCUCAAGGCUCCGCGCGCGCGGUCCAAGACCUCCGCCGCCUCGCUGCCGGCAAGCGCGGCUUCCAGGCCCGAAAGCUCCGGCCAGUCUGGGCUCCCGGCGCCUGUCCGCAAGCGACGCGGGACCAGCUCACGGAGGAACCCUCCCUGGUUCUGGAGCAGCGUGGGGGGAAGAGCAGAAGAGACGCGCACCUGCCCCUCCGCGUCCAAACGCCACCUCAACCCGCGCGGCCAGAGCAUUGCUCGACCCCUCGGAGGGAGCCGCUCCGCCUGCCGGGGACUCCCUCGCCCGAGAAGCAGCGCGCAGCUGCGGCGACAGGCGGAGGAUCGCCCGGGCAGACGCGAGGAUCGCCCGGGCAGCGCGCGGGCGGGCAGGCGGGCGGCUGUGCCAUGCGGGGCUCCCCCUGGGCAGAGGCGGCGGCGGCGGCGGGGCUGGAGGGCGGCGGCGGGCCGUGCAGCCAGGGGGGCGGCGGCCGGGCGGCUGACAGGAUGCGGCCGGGGCUGGGCGCGGGCAGGCGGCAUGGCCCCCCCGCCUAAGGGCCCCCCCGCCCGCAAGCUGCUCUGCAUGUGCAGCCUCUCGCUGUGCCUCACCUACGUCUGCUACAGCCUCAUGGGGGGCCCCGGCGCCCUCCGCUCUCCGCUCGCCCCGCAGGGCGCCCCCAGCCCCUCCCCUGCCACCGCGCCGCCCUCGCCGCCGCCUCGCAACGGGAGCCCUGCGUGGCUCCGGACGCCGCCGCCGCUGCCCGUCUCCGCAGCAGCUCCGAGCCGCGCCUGGGAGCGCGACCCGCCCGAAGUCCCCGGCCCCAGCGGCUCCCCGGACCAGGACCUCAGCGGCGGCGACAGCAGCGCCACCACCGCCACCACCGCCGCCUCCUCCUCCGCUGCCGGCCCCGAAGGCUCCUCCACGGCCACGCCGGACUACGGGGAGAAGCGGCUGCCGCAGGCGCUCAUCAUUGGCGUGAAGAAGGGAGGCACCCGCGCGCUCCUGGAGGCUCUCCGGGCGCACCCCGACGUCCGCGCCGUGGGCACCGAGCCUCACUUCUUCGACCGGCACUACGAGAAGGGCCUCGACUGGUACAGGGAUGUGAUGCCCAAGACCCUGGGAGGACAGCUCACCAUGGAGAAGACACCCAGCUACUUUGUCACCAACGAGGCCCCCCAGCGCAUCCACUCCAUGGCCAAGGACACCAAGCUGAUUGUGGUGGUGAGGAACCCCGUCACCAGGGCCAUCUCGGACUACACCCAGACACUGUCCAAGAAGCCAGAGAUCCCCACCUUUGAGGUGCUGGCCUUCAAGAACCGGAGUCUUGGGCUGAUCGAUGCCUCCUGGAGCGCCAUCCGCAUCGGGAUCUACGCGCUGCACCUGGAGAGUUGGCUCCAGUACUUCCCGCUGUCCCAGAUCCACUUUGUCAGUGGGGAGCGGCUCAUCACGGACCCUGCGGGGGAGUUGGCCAAAGUGCAGGACUUCCUGGGCCUCAAGAGGGUUGUGUCGGAGAAGUAUUUCUACUUCAACAAGACCAAGGGCUUCCCUUGCCUGAAGAAGCCGGAGGACAGAAGUGCUCCCCGGUGCCUUGGCAAGUCUAAGGGCCGAACUCACCCCCAAAUCGACCAGGAUGUAAUCCAGAGGCUGCGGAAAUUUUACAAGCCCUUCAAUGUCAUGUUUUACCAAAUGACAGGCCAGGAUUUCCAGUGGGAGGAGGAAGAGGGCGAGAAGUGAUGAUGACGAGGCAGGCAGGAAGAAGCUGCCUCCUAUCCAGAGAAUCUGCCUGAAGCGGGGAAAGGGCCUGGCUUGCCUGGCCUGAAAUCCAGGACCGGAUUCUGCCAUCACAAUUGGGGGGAGGGAUUUGCUCAAUGGACAAAGAUGGGAGCCAAUACUUGGUUUUUGUACCUGGAUGAAGGACAGUCGCCUCUUUGUUCCUCCCACUUUCUAGACCAUCAGGAUCCUGAGCGCAGAGGAUGUACCGAGAGGGAAGCCUCUUUGGCCAGCCUCCUCCUCUUGGUGAGAUCAAGCCUGUGUCUUUGGGCAUCCAGAGAGAAGGGAAAGGGGGCUGAGAUGAUCUUGUCAAGAGAUGCUGGAAGCUCCUCCCCUCAGGUGCCCUUUGUAGCAAGAGGCAGCCGCCAAGCUGGGAAAUGGCUGGUCGACAGGGAUGGGGGAAGAAGAGGCAUUUCAUGCACAUCCUGCAUCAUCUGUCCAGAUGUUUAUUUUUGAUAUGGGUUGAAUGCCUGAGACUGAUGGGAGAGGCUCCACAGGGCCAGAGGGAAGGGAAGGGCCUCUCUAGGGUGGGAAGGAAGGAACCCACCAGAGAGCCCGGACUAGCAUCCCAGUGUUCUUCCCAAGUACAAAAUGUGGGGCUAUUUUGAUUUUAUUCCAUUUUUACUGUGAGCCAUUCUCCACUUCAGUGCAGAGGAGGUGAAGAGGCUGAUGGCCUGGAGUCUGGGCAGACUGGUGAGCUCUUAGCUCAAACAGCGGAUGCCUACAGGAUUCGACAUGUGCCAACCUGGCUGGCCCAGAAGACCACAUCAUCUUCUGAGGGAGCCACCAGCCCAGAAAGCGUCCCACUGAAUUUCAAUUUUGUGUCCCCUGUUUAAAUGUCAGCAUUCCCUGCACAUGGGAGAUUGAAUUCUGUAUUUGAUUUCAAUUAGCAAAGCAUAAAUUAUAUUUAAUUUUCUACUCACAGAAACUGGAUGAGUCAUUGUCCUGGAAAGCUGAGGAGAUUAUAGUUCAGAGACUGACAAUGGGCGCGUUCAUCCCCUCGGAGCUAAAUUGCUUAAGCUGCCUCCCCCUUUCAUCUGUCGUCUUCUCACAAACACACACGCACACCAGUCUGUGUCAUCACCCUCUACCUGAGAGAUAUGGAAACAGGAGGCGUGAAUAUGGAGCCAAACCUCACAAAACAAUA